CGUUCGUCGUCAUGCCCUGUCCUGCCUCCCCCCUCGGCUUCCCCUUUACCUCACUCCCUCCUCCUCGUCCUCUUUCUCUCCCCCCUCCAUUCCAUCAAUUCCAGUGUUGUUGAUCAGAUUAUUCCUUGCAAGCCCACACUCCCCCUCUCCCCUCCUCCUCCUUCUCUCCCUUCUGCGCUGCUCUUUCUGAGUUUGUUUGGCCCCCUGUGCCACUCUUGUGCUGCACAGGAGGUGUGUUGAUGCUGCAGGCCACUUGCGCACUUGGCGUGAUCCAUUUUCAUUAGGGUUUGGGAAAGAGAGUAUGGGGGAGGUGGAACAGGAUCUGUAAGUGCACGGCAGCAGCAGCUGGUCGCUAUGUCGAUGGCGGGCGCAGAUGAUGGAUAUGCGGAUCACCGCACGCUCUACUGCAAUGAUCCGGAUCCAGCUCGCCACAAGCCAUUUAAAUUUGUGAACAAUUCGGUUUCGACAACGAAAUACAAUAUAUUUACUUUUUUCCCGAAGGGUCUGUUUGAACAGUUUCGGCGUGUGGCUAAUCUGUAUUUUCUGAUGAUAGCAAUUUUAUCAUCAACUCCUGUCAGUCCUGUGCAGCCAGUUACCAAUAUUGUUCCGCUGGUUUUGGUUCUUUCUGUUUCACUUAUCAAGGAGGCCUUCGAGGAUCACAAACGAUGGAUGAAUGACAAGGUGGUAAAUUCGAGCUUGGUUGAUAGGCUCGAGGGGAGGAUGUGGGCGAGGGUUCCAUGGAGCGAGGUUAAAGUUGGGGAUCUUGUUCGGGUAACGCAAGACCAGUUUUUCCCAGCGGACCUGCUACUACUUGCAAGCACAAACGCGGAUGGUGUCUGCUACAUCGAGACUUCAAAUUUGGAUGGAGAAACAAACCUCAAGAUUAGAAAAGCACUUGAGCGAACUUGGGAUUAUAUUGAUGAAAAGAAAGCUGUGGAUUUCAGAGGUGUAAUUGUCUGCGAGCACCCGAACAAUUCGCUCUACACCUUUACUGGCAACCUCGAAAUCAGCAAACAAACAAUUCCAAUUACUCCAAAUCAGAUUCUUCUUCGUGGAUGUAGCUUACGAAACACGGCAUCUAUUGUUGGCGCAGUGACAUUCACUGGGCAUGAGACAAAGGUGAUGAUGAAUUCCAUGGAUGUGCCAUCAAAGCGCAGCACGUUGGAGCUAAAGUUGGAUAUGUUAAUUUUGCUGCUAUUCGGGAUACUAUUCUCGAUUUGUUUUAUUGGGGCAAUUGGCAGCGGCGUGUUUAUCAGCACGGAAUAUUGGUAUUUGGGAUUGAUUCUUCCUGGCAUUGAAGGGCAGUAUGAUCCUGGGAAUAAGUUUCUGGUGGUGAUAUUGACAUUUUUUACUCUUUUGACCCUAUAUGCAAAUAUCAUUCCCAUUUCCUUAUACGUGUCUAUUGAGAUGAUCAAAUUCAUACAGUCAAAUUGGUUCAUCAAUAACGAUGCUUCUAUGUAUCAUGAAGAGAGUAACACACCUGCCUUGGCACGCACAUCAAACCUGAAUGAGGAGCUCGGCCAGAUUGAAUAUAUAUUUUCGGACAAGACAGGUACUCUGACGAGGAAUUUGAUGGAUUUUUUCAAGUGCUCCAUAGCUGGGACCAUGUACGGGACGGGGAUUACAGAAAUUCAAAGAGCAGCUGCACGUCGAAAUGGUUCACUGCUCGAAGAGAUUUCAAGAUCAGAAGAUGCUAUAUGUGAGAAAGGCUUUAACUUCGAUGACAGGAGGCUGAUGAAAGGCCAAUGGCGUAAUGAGAGUAACGCAGAUGUUUGCCUGGAGUUCUUCAGAUGUUUGGCCAUCUGUCAUACUGUGCUUCCUGAGGGCGGAGACACUCCUGAUAGCACCACUUAUCAAGCAGCCUCUCCUGACGAAGCUGCUCUAGUCACUGCCGCCAAAAACUUUGGUUUUUUUUUCUAUUUGCGGUCACCAACCGCAAUUCGUGUGCGUGAGGCUCAUGUUGAGAAGCUUCACAAACUGCAAGAUGUAGAGUACGAGAUUCUGAAUGUUUUGGAGUUCAACAGCGUUCGGAAGCGGCAAUCUGUGAUUUGCCGAUAUCCAGAUGGUCAACUUGUGUUGUAUUGCAAAGGUGCUGAUACAGUGAUAUACGAAAGAAUGGCCGAAGGUGCAAGUAACCAGUACAGGGAGGUCACGCGUGACCAUCUUGAAAAGUUCGGUGCUGAUGGGCUUCGAACCCUAUGUUUGGCGUAUCGUCGUUUGACUGCUGAGGUUUACGAAAGUUGGAAUGAAAAGUUCAUUCAGGCCAAAUCAGCACUACGGGACAGGGAAAAGAAAAUAGAUGAGGUUGCAGAACUUAUCGAAAAAGAUCUAAUUUUACUUGGUUGUACUGCAAUUGAAGAUAAAUUGCAAGAAGGAGUUCCUAACUGCAUUGAAACCCUGUCAAGAGCUGGCAUCAAAAUAUGGAUGUUGACUGGUGACAAGCUGGAAACGGCCAUCAACAUCGCAUAUGCUUGCAGUCUUGUCAACAACGAAACGAAACAGUUCGUGUUGAACUCAGAUGUGAAAGAAAUCCGAGACAUUGAAGACAGGGGUGAUGCUGUGAUGACUGCUCAAGCUGUGAGUUCUCUUGUAAAGCAGCGCAUGGAGGAAUAUCUUGAUGAGGCUGAGAGGGUCGCUGAUGAUGUGGAUAUGGCUCUUGUUAUUGAUGGAAGAUGUCUUAUGUAUGCUUUGGAUCCACUUAUUGGUCGAGGAACAUUGCUCAAGCUGUGCAUGCUGUGCAAAGCAGUAGUAUGCUGCCGAGUUUCACCUUUGCAAAAAGCGCAGGUGACAACACUCAUCAAGGACGAUGCUAAGAAGAUUACCUUGAGCAUUGGUGAUGGAGCCAAUGAUGUUAGUAUGAUUCAGGCUGCUCACAUUGGAGUAGGAAUUAGUGGGCAAGAGGGAAUGCAAGCUGUGAUGGCAAGCGACUUUGCAAUUGCCCAAUUUCGAUAUCUGAAGGAAUUGCUUUUGGUGCAUGGGAGAUGGUCCUAUAUUCGAAUAACAAAGGUGGUUGCGUAUUUCUUCUAUAAGAAUCUGGCUUUUACACUUACUCAGUUCUGGUUUACACUCUACACGGGAUUUUCGGGCCAACGUUUUUAUGAUGACUGGUUUCAGUCCCUCUACAAUGUUCUCUUCACCGCUCUUCCAGUGAUCGUUGUUGGUAUCUUCGACCAGGACGUGAAUGCGAAGACAUCUAUCAAAUUUCCAGAGUUGUAUAAAGCAGGAAUAUAUAAUCUGUUUUUCAAGUGGCGUGUGAUUAUGCUGUGGCUUGUAGGUGCUACUUAUCAGUCGCUGGUGUUCUUCUAUUUUCCGAUUUCUGUCGCCCAGAGUGCCCAGAAUUAUUCAGCAAGAAUGCUUGGAGUCUGGGACGUAUCUACUCUGGCUUACACUUGUAUAUUAAUGACAGUUAAUCUACGUCUUAUGAUGGCCUCCUCAUCUCUGACUAAGUGGCACCUUAUUAGCGUUGGUGGCAGUAUCGGAGGUUGGUUUGUGUUUGCUUCUGUGUACUCUGGGAUCCAGGUUAGCUUCAUACAGGAGAACAUUUACUGGGUGAUGUUUACUUUGUUAGGCACCUGGUUCUUUUGGUUUCUCUUGCUGUUGGUUCCCGUUGUUGCUUUAUCUUUGGAUCUUCUUGUUUUACUUUUUCAACGCUGGUUCUUUCCAUAUGACUUUCAAAUUCUGCAAGAGCAUGGUAAAUUUGACAGUGACGACUAUGAAAGCCGUACAUUGCUUGAUCAUCGACCAUCAACUGUAGAAGAACAGAGGAGAAUUCAGAUGGCACAACUUCCAAAAGAAAGAUCUAAACACACAGGUUUCUCGUUUGAUUCGCCUGGAUUUGAGUCUUUCUUCGCUCAGCAAUCUGGUGUGCCUCCACCAGCGAAGUCGUGGGAUAUUGCACGUCGUGCUAGUAUGAAACACCCCCGUCAGAGCACAGGAAGAAAAUCCCGACAUUGAAAUUCUACUUAGAUUUUCCCAUGGAGGUCAGUGGAUCUAUUGCACGGUUGUUUCACUGGUUUUCAUCUGCUAGCCAACCGCUCUAGAGCAGGGACUUGCGAAAUUUAGUUCCGAAUUCAGUUAACCUUGUCCAUUGCCAGUUCUUCGCCUUCAGGGUCGGAAUCGGGCUAUCUAAAAGAUCUGUGGAAAGAUACUUUUGAGGAAUUCAUUUCCGUUCCUUCAGUGCAUUGUUGAAGUGCAUAGGUACACUUAUUUCUUAGUUUAUUUUUACAAAAUGAGAUGCUCAGUGUUGCGCCUUGAGUGAAAACACGUGCCGUGUAACAUUUAUCUA